CCCGCCCGGGCCGCUGGCUCCUUGGGCAAAAAAAGACGAGUCCUUGAGACCCUGGAACCUUGUGUGUCCGGGUCUCGCUUCCCGGGUGGCUGGGGGGAAGCAUUUAAGAGUGGGACCGCGAGAAGCGCUUGUAAACAGACGGCCGGGCUGGGAUGGUCGGCGGCCAGACGGGCUGUCACGGUGAGGCGGGCUUGCCCGAAGCCGCGCCCCGGCCAGGAGUAGCCUGCAGGCCGCGUAGGUGAAGGCAGAGAAACAGCCCGCGGCCAGGGAAAAGACGAAGUUCCAAAAAGAAUGAGGUUGCAAAAUGGAGCCCCAGAGGAUGAAGACACAGAUUAUACAGGAGGGAAAUUAAGGAUUGCGCGGCAUUGCUUUGACAAGCACAUCCUGUUGUCUUUUCAGAGAUCUCAGUGAAGAAUAAUCUCAAAGGAACAUUUGUCUCCCCAUACCUCUGCUAAUGGCCAUUAGCCGCUAGCAAAUGCUUUUAAUGACCGAAAAAACAUCAACUACCCUUGGUUUUGGUCUGCUUUAGGCAGUCGAAUGAAGGUUUUUUUCAGUUGUUUCCAGAACUCUAUUGCUGAAGCACCUCUCUUUGUUGGGUGAACGUUCAUGAAGCCCUUUCCUGAAGCAGUGUAGAAGCCUUAGGCCUCUUGGAGUCUAUGACAUGGAAGCCUUGGAAGUGGAUGAUAUCAGCCCAGCCUUGGAAGUUACUGAGGAUUUCUUCAGUACUUUUGAUAGUAAGCUAGAAAAGGCUGUGCAGCAAGCUGAGGUUUAUGGGAUUCAGGAAGUCCCCGAAUUGGUGGGGCACGAGGUACUAAGUACCAUAACAGAUAAUGGUGCUAUCAGAAAUGUUGCCUCCCUGGGCAAGGGGGGCCUGAUUUGGGACCACUGUAAGAGCGGGCUCUUAGAAACCAAAGCUCAAAAUGUCUUCCCUGCCAAAGAACAGUUUGUGGUUCAGAAAGGGACAGCCCCAGAUAAUCUUUCCUGGAUGGAACAAAAAGAAGCGUCGACCUUUAACUUUUUCAACAUCUGUCAGCGUCGGAGGGACAGACCUCGAUCCGUGAAUGACUUACUGGAUGAGACCUCUACUUUCAAGCCAGGGCAUGCACGUUCAAGAUCAGAUAUUACCCAAGUGGACUGGAGGCUGGUCCUCAAAACCAUGCCUCUGCAGCGGCAGCAGCAGUCGUCUCUUCAGGGCCCUCAUUUCACCAGGCCGUCUUUUCUGUCGUCCUUGCCGAAUAAGGUAGAAGAUGCUCAAGGAAAUACUGAACACAAGCAAGCAUUCCCAAAUAUUCUGAAGAAGGGGUACCUGGAGAUCAGGAAGGACCAUGACAGUUACUGGCAGAGCUGUUACGCAGAACUCUCACCCUACAACUUAUCCUUCUACAGCCUAGACAGCAGUGGCAAUCAAGCCCUCUAUGCCACCUGCCAGCUUUCACACUUCCAGAGCAUUUCCGUGUUGGGCAACCUUGAGGCCAGGCUGGUGGAUACUGUUCUGUAUGACAACACUCAGCUCCAGUUAAAGGCAGAGUCACCGUGGGAGGCUUUGGACUGGGGGCAGAAGCUUUGGGAAGUCGUGCACGCCACGGUGCCUGGUUACGUGGGAAGGCAGGAUGAGCUGGCAAACUCCCCAGGACUUGGUCAUCACGCUGACUGUACACAGAACCAUUGUUUACAGAAGAAAUCCAGUGAGCUGCUCGCGCCAUCACCUGUCUUGGAGAGCCCCAAACAAUACCAAAACAUCAUCAAAUCAGGGACGCUGUACAGGCUAACCGUCCAAAACAAUUGGAAGGCAUUUACUUUUGUGCUGAGCAGGGCCUACCUUAUGGCUUUCCAUCCAGGCAAGCUAGACGAGGAUCCCCUGCUAAGCUACAAUGUGGACGUGUGUCUGGCUGUCCAGAUGGACAACCUAGAUGACUGUGACUCUUGCUUUCAAGUCAUUUUCCCCCAAGAUGUCCUCCGCCUCCGUGCAGAGACCCGGCAGAGGGCUGAGGAGUGGAUGGAGGCUCUGAAAACAGCGGCCAAUGUGGCGAGGAGUUCAGAGCAAAACCUGCAGGUCACCCUGAGGAGCAGACCCAAGGAUCAGAUGGGCAGGCAUGAACUCAGGAAGAACAAGCGUCAGUCUGUGACCACCAGCUUCCUCAGCAUUCUGACAACCUUGUCUCUGGAACGAGGACUCACUGCUCAGAGUUUCAAAUGUGCAGGAUGCCAGCGAUCCAUAGGCCUUUCCAACGGGAAAGCCAAGGUGUGCAACUACAGUGGGUGGUAUUACUGCAGCAGCUGCCACGUGGAUGACAGUUUUCUUAUCCCAGCACGCAUAGUCCACAACUGGGACACUUCAAAAUAUAAGGUAUCUAAGCAAGCCAAAGAGUUUCUGGAGUACGUGUACGAAGAGCCCCUGAUCGACAUCCAGCAGGAGAACCCGAUGCUGUACCGCCACGCCGAGCCGCUGGCCACCGUGGUGCGGCUGCGGCAGCGGCUGAAAUCGCUGCGAGCCUAUUUGUUCAGCUGCCGGGCCGCCGUGGCCGAGGAUCUGCGCCGCAGAAUUUUCCCCAGAGAAUACCUCCUUCAACAGAUCCACCUGUAUUCCCUCGCUGAUCUGCAGCAGGUGAUAGAGGGGAAGCUGGCUCCAUUCUUGGGCAAGGUCAUUAAAUUUGCCACCUCACACGUGUACAGCUGCAGUCUUUGUAGCCAGAAGGGGUUCAUCUGUGAAAUCUGUAACAAUGGAGAGAUCCUCUACCCUUUUGAGGAUAUUUCAACAAGCAGGUGUGAAAGCUGUGGAGCCGUUUUCCAUUCUGAAUGCAAAGAAAAGUCUGUCCCCUGCCCGAGGUGCGUCCGCCGAGAGCUGCAGAAGAAGCAGAAGUCUUUCUGGCGGAGGCUGAACGUGGACGAGAGCCUGGAGGAGGCCUGCAACAUGUUCGAGCUGUCCUACCAGAACACCUGACUCAGCAGGGGCCCGAGGACAGGGACUGACCUCUCACCGAUCCAUCAGCCCGGCGGCCUCCUGAGCAGCCAGUUAGGUCCCUUUGGAGGAAGAGUAUGUCUCAUCUUCAGCUAGAUAUAGAUAUAUAUUUACAUACAUAUACACACAUACCUAGAUUUCCCGUAUGUAUGUUCUGUGUAAAUCGCCGUCCAAAAGGUCCGUGAAGCCUCUGUGGCUCAAAGAAAAUACCAGUAGCUGAAUUACACUUAGCCAUGAAUUUCAGCAGCUUGCUCCCAAGCAAAGCCCUGGUUCUCACACGAUGCUUUAUAUAGCCCAGAUUUUUUUUUUUUUUUUCUUGUUUUGCUUUGUUUUGUCGUUUGGCUCUCGGGGGCCAUCUUGUUACGCGGGACACAGGAGGAAGCAUUUCCUACAGAAGCACAGAACUUCGGGUUGCGUUUGCGUUAUUUAUUUUGAGCCUUCACAGAGGAUGCGGUGACCGAGGCAAGCCCUCGCCAUCGCCCGUGUCACAAGAAAAUCUUCAGAACACGGGGAUAGAUGACUCCGGGUCACCUCAGUUUCUGCCGUGCAGGUGGGGAUCACCUCAGCUGAGCCGAGUGGCCCAGAAAUGAGGAGUGUGAGCUCCCUCUGACAGCACGCACCCCUACUUUAUGAGGAGAGCUCCUUCUGGUUUUGAAGUUAAUCUCAGGGGGUUUUUUCCUGAGGAAAAAAGAAAAAAGAGACCUCUGCGACCAACAGCUGCUUGUUGUCGGUCUGUUUGCUGGUUCGAAGCCCAGCGCCACCUAAGGGUGCGACGCCCCAGCAUAUUUGGUUGAAAACGGCUUUCUGAAGGGCAGUUUUCCCAGGGUUUCGUGGGGAAUAUUUAUGAUUUUUUUUUUUUAAUGGUGCUGGCCUGGGGAAAUUUCCUACGAUUGUGGUCAAACACAUCGGUUUCUAGACUGUGGAUAUUGUACGUACAUUCCGUGAGGUGGCGUUCAGUUUCUUUUCACAGAAUCUUAGGUAGGCAUGUCCUUCCUAUUUAUUUGAAAUGCUUUAUUUGUCAUUGUUCUCCAUUGCACUUUCACUUUGGCCUGUCAAUUUAACCACAUCUGCUUUCACACUUUUCAAAUUGUUUACAAAAUCAAAGUAACACGGGACUUCAAAACACCAACAGUAGACUAUUAAGAAAAUACCAAACUUAUGAAUACAAUUAAUGAACUAAAUGUAAUAGUAUUGUUUAAAUAGAUACACACACACACACAUAAUUGCCACCUUGAAACAAAAAUGCUAAAAUCAUAUCCUAGGAAUAGGAAAUAUAAUGAAUCGCUUCACCACUUAGCAGAGCCGUGGCCCCCACCGCCAUGCCGUGUGGGAGCCAGUAGAAUAGUCGUGACCAAAAUGUCAGGUAGGCCGGCACUGGAAAUCAUGGCUCCAUUCUUUCCACCAUAAUCUUCCCAGAGCAGAAAGAUACACUGAUAAUGAAGCAAUUUUCAACAGGCCAUAGGAGACGAUUCUGUAUGUUUUCCCCGAGCAGAUGCCUCCAAGGCCCUCAUAGUUGGGUAGUUUCACCGCUGUUGGGAUCUGGAGAAUCAGUGGCUCACAAAGUAUAGGAUACAUUUCACCCCAUUACUGCUUUGCCCCCACACCUUGCUCCCUCCAGAUCCUAACUCUUGAAACCUCUGUCCGUGUAGAGGCGUGACAUUCCGGACUGACUUUUGUGCCGACUGCUGGAUGCAAACAUUUCACCUCUCAACCCAUGCCAGUUCCUUUGGCCCCGGACCAUUCAUUUCAACUUAAUAGCUUGCCACCACACAUGCCUGUAUUUUCUGACUGCAGCAGCUGUAACCAAGGGCAUAAAAACUUGUUAAAAGGCCAAGACCCCAUUCACGAGACACCUUACGGUGCCUUUUACUCUUGGAAAAAACAGGUUGACUUCCCCCCCGCCCCAACUCCGGUUAUAGAGAACAUUGCACACAAAAGAUAAAGAGUGGAAAAUCUCAAACAAGCACUUGGCAAACAGGCAAACAAAUUUGAACCUCUCCUCCUUUUUCUUCCCCUUCGUGAAAUACAGUAUUUAUAUUUUCCAGCCUCAGAGAAGAUAGCAGAACAUGAUCUUUCACAAGAGAAUUAUAGACCUGCUUAUUAUAAAACAGAUGUGCUCCGAUGGCAAAGUGCCUUUUCCCCUCCGCCCCCAGCUCCCCAUCGCCGUAGUUUGCUUCUGCCUUCGCUGUAAUUAAUGUAUCUGUGAUCCCGCCUGUCAGCGAGGCCAUCCCCAGCACAGUGCGUUGGGAGACCUGAAGUGCAGGCCCCCUUGCCCCCUCCAGCAUGUUUGCUCUCUGUACAGAAUUUCCUGUCCCACUUCACAGGCACCUAGCGUCAGACCUGCCGAGAGGGAGAGAUUCUGGACCCCUGUUCUAAAGGCCUUUGUUUUCACGGGUGCCCAUUUAGAGGUGCUUGCUAAAUACUGGCAUUCCCUGGGUACUCCAAAGGAGACCUUUCUACCCACAUCAUUUUCUGCUUAUUUUCAAAAGGCGAGAGAAAAAACCAAACCGUAGAUGUGCUGGGUCCUUCGGCUACCCAGAAGCGGAACAGCAUCCCAGCUGCUUGUUUUCCCUCCUUUUCUGUGUCCCUGACGGCCUGGUCGGUGCUGCCUGCCAGUCGACACAGCAGUCCACCACCACCACCAAAAUCUGAUAGGACAGAGUGGAGCCAGCUUAGGAAUUGGGUCUGUCAUGAAAGUUCAAAAUUGCUGUUUUCCAGCCCAGAAACGCCUUAGAGCACAUGAACGCCCUUACUGUUUUCAACCCAAACAAAUGACUCGGUACACUGUUAGGUAAUUGUUCCACUGCUCAGGAACUGUCGAAACAAAAGCAGAUCUGUGGAUUACCACCUCCUUCAGAACCAAGCUAAUACCUGCUUUCCCUCCUGUUCCCGUUCUCAUCCCAUAUUAAAUAUCUCACACAUAAAACACACGAGAAAGCGGCCAAUUAAUCUCCUAGAGCCGGCGGCUGACUCCAGGGAAACUCUUUUCACUUGAAAGGCCCAUUCCCUGGUGUAUCACUUGAGGAAAUCCCUCCUAACAGUGCCAGAAGCUCAUGUGUGAGACAGUCCAACCCUGGUAAAAUGUUGGCAUCUAAUCCCGCAGUAGAGAAGCCAGUUCCCAAAAUAGAGCCCAGUUGUACCGCUGCAGGAAGGCCACAAAGUACUUUAAAAGCAGUCAACUGGAAUCGAGUCGUGUUCUUUCCAGGGCUGAUUUUCCCCAAAGUUGAAAGCCUCUUUAUAUGAAAACCAUGUAAAGUCUCAUCAUCCCCCUUCGCCCCACUGCCUUUUCAGGGUACUUGUGUUCCAGCCAUCUUCAUAUAUGUAGUAAUAAAAUGUGAUAUUUUUAGGAGCUUUAAUACUUGAUUAGCUGAGAGGGUAAUCGCUUUUCGAUUCUACUAGACUAGGCCUCCACCAAAAAAAACAAAACAAAACAACAAAAAAAGGGAAUAUGAUUAGUGUUUGGGAUUUGUGGUUUCCAGCUAACUCAGUGGUACUUCGGACUCCUGCAAAGGGACUGUGCCAUGAUCUCCUUCGGGCUGCAGUGAGAACCUCGGUGUUUACAUCACUCUAGCAGCCCUAUACAGCCUUUGCUUAAACUAAGCGAGUCCACUUGGAUGAGCUCUGACCUCUGGUUUUGUCUCUGCCUGUGUACACACUGCAUACUGACACUGGACAGUUUCUUCCUGUGCCUCCUUGAAAAGGCUUGGCUUCCAGACCUGUGGGUUUGUUCUCUAUCUACUGGCCAAAAAACGGCAUGUGUAAAUUACUGUAUCAGGGUAGGACCGGAUGCCACACCGAACACUUCUGCAAAAAAGAGGCAUUACCUGAGGAAGCCAAGAUAUAUUUUGUUCCUAAUUUAGGGUAAAGCCAAUGCUGCUGUUCAUAAGUUUGGGCAGAAUUCUUCAUCUCCACUGCUCUGCUGCACUUUAUUGAAAUAACUGGAUUAGGAAGUAACUCGUCAACUCUUGAUUCUAACACUGUCUAGAGUCAAUUCAGAAGUUAUUUUAUUUUAUUUUUUUACUUCUCCCACUAAAGAGAGAUGCAUACAGUUUCCCCCCUUAUUUUUCGAAUUUUCUGUCUCAAUACUUUUCUUACUCUUAAAAUAAUGUCAUAAAGUUAGAGAAUUGGAGGCAGAACUGACAGAAAUGAACACUCUCUCCUUGGCAUGAAUUGAGUCUGUAGAGGUACUGUCUUCCUUCCCUUGGUUCUUGUUAGCAACUGAGCAUUGCUGUAUUGUCUACUGUGGCCCAUUCUCCUGACCCCGAGUCUAGUAGAACCCACUGCUCUAGGUUGAGCCCAGGACGGGUGAUAAGCCCUGCUCAGUUAAUUUAAGCAGACAAGUGUUGAUUUCUAUCAUGGGGGCAGUAAAGUCCUAGCGCCCAGCACUUCCUGAUGGUAGACAAUUCUAAUUUCGUUGUAUUCAGACCCUCUGACUUGAGGGGUUCUCUUUAGUAUGUCUUCGUGGAUGCAUGCCAAGGUAGAGUCUCAGUCACUGUUGAACUCUAGGUAAAAGUCGAAAGCGUGGAAUGUCCUCCUCGGCACCCCCGUGGUUGUCAGGGGCUUUAUUUCACGUGGGUUCCUGACGAUCGUGUGAUGUGGCACACUCCUCAUCAAGUGGCCUUCGAUGUGGUGGAAGCCAGGGUUAAGCACAAGGGAAGGGACAACUGCUGUUGGGGUUCGGUUCCUCCCUGGAAAGAGAAGCCAUCUUGUCAGGAAGGCGUGACACGAAGCCACAGUGGUUGCCUAGGGGAGAAGACUCAGGCGCAUAAAGCAGCUCGUAGCACGGUGGAGACUCCUUUCUCCUGGCCGUAGCGCUGCAGACCAGCCUCUCUCCCCAGCCCUCGAUCUUCCUCGCCCCAGUCCUGAGCCGGGGCCAGCGUCAGGCCUCAUGGCUGUAACCCGGCCGGCAGACCACUGGAGCAGGUGCUCCUUCUCCAUGUUGGUCUUGCCAUCCGCCUUUCCCGGCAGGAGUGCCUUACAGCACUGCCUAGUGCUUCUGUCUCCUCUGUGGACCCACCUGAAGCCUGCAGGGCCCUGCGCCUCAAUCUGGAUCACUUUGCUUCCUCUCUGCCGGCCACUCCGUUUUACAAACACGCUGGCGACCUGCAUAUUCCACACACAUGUCAGACCUUUCGCCUUUGUUUAACCUGGUGCCUUCACCUCACGAGCAAAGGAUGCCUGUCGGGAAGACAUCGUUAACGCAGAAGGGUAGAAACAUGGGCUUCUUAGCUCCGUCAACACUUUUACCACGAAAUACAAAAGACACGACUGCGUCACGGUUGAACUUCGUUUUACGCUGGUUCGGGUUUUGGGUUUUGGUUUUUGAUCACUCUUGUUAUUUCUUUGUUUGCUUGCUUUCAUUAAGCAAACUCAGGGGAAUGUCACGAUGUCACCAAGGCCAAUGAGGAGAGAUUAUCCAGACUUGAAUCUGUAGAGUCGGUGAGCUUAGCCUUCUUCAGGCUAAAAAAAGUAUACAAAAACAAUUUUCUUUUCGUUUACCGUAUAAAGGUUUUCCUUUUUGCGUCACCACCUGUUUCCCAGGUAGGAGUGGGAAGUCUCUUGAACACAUUGUGAUGAAAAUGUUUCCGUGUGGCAUGGGCAGUCCAUUGAGUCCAAUUCGGCUUUUGCUGCUGGAGGCCUAGGUUCUGAUUUUGGUCACCUACCAGAAUCUUCUUUUGAAUAGCCAGAAGCCCACCGAAGAAGAUGGGGGGGUGGGGGGUGGGGAGUCUUCUUUAAUGAACAGUAAAAGGAGGGAAAAUGCUUCGUUUGCAAACGAAGAGCAUGGAACGUGGCGGUCGGUGCACAAGACUUCCACUCGACUUGUUCUCCUGCUCCUGGGUCAGAUCCGUGUCGUCCUCCCUUCUUUCCACUCAUGCAUGACAGAACCCACUCAAAUUCUGGGCUUGGGCAAUUAUAUCACCCUGUGUUGAACUAUUUGAAAUAACAAAUGUGCUAUACAUGCUAUUUCUGUUUUCUGGAGUUUGUUGCCUUUCGUUUGGGCAUAACUUAUCCAUGUUUUUGUUUAUAUCAUUUUUAAAUAUCAGUAACCGUAAUAAUAUAAAGCAAAGCUGUAUUGUUGACAAGAGCCCUAGUUUUUAUGGUCAUCUGUCGUAUAAUUUAAGUGCACCAGUUCCUAAUGUACAAAGUCAUCUCUCAAUAAACAAUUCAGAAAAUAC